GCUAGGGUUUUGCAGAAACAGUCAUAAGCUAAAUCGCCGCCGGCAGUUACGUUUCCGGGAGAUCCUCUGCCAUGUCAGGGUCUCAAGUUCAAAUCAACAAAGCUCACAAAUCCCGUUUCUCCUCCAAAUCAUCGCCCAACCUUCACAGGACUUGUAGCAUUUUCCGUGGAGAAAGUUGUGACAUGUGGCUAAAAAUUUGUCUCCAGGAUCUACCUUCUUAGCUUAAACAGAGAAAUGAGUUAAAAAAGUUGUGUACUUCUAUCCUUGCUUCUGAAUUUCCUGAGGAUUGUAAGUUCUAUUCAGCAGACACAAAGGAUGACUUGCACAAGUUUAUGUGGCUUUUUACGGAGCAAAGGCUCACAGCACCUCACUGGCGAAAUCAGCGUCCUUAUCUAAUUGCAGAAGAGGUUGUUACAGUACCUGAUGAUUCCAGUCCAGGAAAGAGUACUCUUCUUCUCACUGGUUAUAUGCAUGCACACAGCCUCUCAGUGAAUCAGUUGGUCCAUGUUUCUGGUGCGGGGAUUUUCAGCUGUCCAAAAUUGAAAUUCUAAAAGAUCCAUUUCCUCUGAAUGCAAGAAAAGAACAGGAUGCUAUGGAUUCUGAUGAACUAAAAGAUGCUAAGGUCAUUUGUUGCCGAGCUCCUGAUCUGUUGAAGCAGGAACAUUUACUUGUUGAAAAUGUUCCAGAUCCUCUUGCUGGAGAACAGACAUGGCCAACAGAAGCAGAAAUGGCUGAGGCUGAUAGAAACCUAAAACAAAAAAAGCAAAGAAAGAGAUUUCUUCCUCAUGGCACUUCUGAAUAUCAGGCUGCUUGGAUUGUAGACGAUACAGAUUAGGAGGAUUCUGACACUGACAAUGAUGAUGAUGAUGGCAUGGUAUUGGAUGAAGGAGAAAGUGGCUUUCACAGUCAAGGUGGUACAAAUAAUCAAGACUUUGAGGAAGACCAAGCUUCCUUAAACUUAACGGACUCAGAUGAUGAAACUGAAAAUGAUUCAGUCAUGAUGGAAGGAGAGAACCUGACAAGGGAACAAUUAGAGCAAGACAUUCAAAAAAUUAAACAGGCACAUGCUGAAGAUGAGGAAUUUCCAGAUGAAGUGGACACUCCUUUAGAUGUUCCUGCUAGAAAGCGCUUUGCCAAGUGUAGGGGCCUCAAAUCAUUCAGAACUUCCUCAUGGGACCCCAAGGAAUCUCUACCUCCAGAAUAUGCCCGAAUUUUUGCUUUUGAUAACUUCUCAAGAACACAAAAGCAUGUGAUUGCAAAUGCCUUAGAAAUGGAGGAAGGAGAUGACUGUGCACCUCCUGGUUCAUAUGUGAGGCUUCAUAUUAAGGAAGUGCCUAUUUCUGUUGCUUCCAAGCUUUGUCUGCUUGCUAGGACAAUACCCAUUGUGUCAUGUGGCCAUUUGCAACAUGAAUCAAAGAUGUCUGUCCUUCAUUUCAGUAUAAAGAAGCAUGAUAGUUAUGAUGGCCCUAUCAAGAGCAAAGAAGAACUGAUAUUUCAUGUUGGCUUCCGCCAGUUUCUUUCUAGGCCAGUAUUUUCUACUGACAACUUUAAUUUAGACAAAAAUAAGAUGGAAAAAUUUCUUCAUACAGGUCGUUUUUCCAUGGCUUCAAUAUAUGCUCCUAUUUCUUUUCCAUCUCUUCCUUUGAUAGCCCUGAAGGCUUCAGGAGAAGCCAACGUACCUGCAGGGGCAGCAGUUGGAUCCAUGAAAAAUAUCGACCUGGAUAGAAUAAUUCUAAAGAAGAUUAUCUUAACUGGUUAUCUCCAACAAGUGUCAAAAUUAAAAGCCUUUGUAAGGUAUAUGUUUCAUAACCCAGAGGAUGCAAGAUGGUUCAAGCCUGUUCAAGUUUGGACAAAAUGUGGCCGCCGUGGUUGAAUCAAGGAACCUAUUGGUAGUCAUGGGGUAAUGAAAUGUGUAUUCAAUGGGGUCUUUCAGCAGCAUGACACUGUAUGCUUGAGCCUAUGCAAACGUGCAUAUCCCAAGUGGCCAGAACAUCGGUUCCUGCUGGAUGCUUGAUCAGGCAGGGCCUGGUCCUCAUCAAGACAGAGAAGACAUGCUUGUUCAUGGUGGGAAUGAAGCGCUGGUUCAGAUUUGUCUAUUCAACUUCCAUUGGUCGUUGUUGUUGAUAGAUUACAUGCAAUUUGCUUUCCAUUACCUUUAUUUUCUUAUUUAUGGAGGACAUAUAUGGAUGAGGACUAUGCAGCAAUGCAGCGCUCCUCUCGUCGAAGACUCUAGUGGGAAGAAAGAAACAGAAAGAGAAAAGCCUAAUUUUUGUAUUUUGAUAUCAAUUUUUCUUCUUAUAGUACCUAUAAAGAGAAAAAGCGGGAAAGGUCCUUUCUCUUUCCUUGAUAUGUUUUUGAAAAAUGAUUG